UACUUAUGUUAUGGCAGGACGGGCCAAUCUGGUAUUUCAGAAUAAAGUGAUAGAUGGAACUGCCAUGAAACGACUUAUUAGUAGAUUAAUAGAUCACUUCGGAAUGGCAUAUACAUCACAUAUCCUGGAUCAAGUAAAGACUCUGGGUUUUCAACAAGCUACUGCUACAUCCAUUUCAUUGGGAGUUGAUGAUCUUUUAACAAUACCCUCGAAGAGAUGGUUAGUUCAAGAUGCUGAACAACAAAGUUUGAUUUUUGAAAAACACCAUCAUUAUGGGAAUGUACACGCGGUAGAAAAAUUACGCCAAUCCAUUGAAAUAUGGUAUGCCACAAGUGAAUAUUUGCGACAAGAAAUGAAUCCUAAUUUUAGGAUGACUGACCCCUUUAAUCCAGUUCAUAUGAUGUCUUUUUCGGGAGCUAGAGGAAAUGCAUCUCAGGUACAUCAAUUAGUAGGUAUGAGAGGAUUAAUGUCGGACCCCCAAGGACAAAUGAUUGAUUUACCCAUUCAAAGCAAUUUACGCGAAGGGCUUUCUUUAACAGAAUAUAUAAUUUCUUGCUACGGAGCCCGGAAAGGGGUUGUAGAUACUGCUGUACGAACAUCCGAUGCUGGAUACCUCACGCGCAGACUUGUUGAAGUAGUUCAACACAUUGUUGUACGUCGAACAGAUUGUGGCACCGUCCGUGGUAUUUCUGUGAGUCUUCAGAAUGGGAUAAUGCUAGAAAGGGUUUUUAUCCAAACAUUAAUUGGUCGUGUAUUAGCCGAUGAUAUAUAUAUGGGCACACGAUGUAUUGCCACUAGAAAUCAAGACAUUGGAAUUGGACUUGUAAAUCGAUUCAUAACCUUUCGAGAACAACCAAUAGCUAUUCGAACUCCUUUUACUUGUAGGAAUGUAUCUUGGAUCUGUCGGUUAUGUUAUGGCCGGAGUCCUACUCAUGGCGACCUGGUUGAAUUGGGAGAAGCUGUAGGUAUUAUUGCAGGUCAAUCGAUCGGCGAACCGGGUACUCAAUUAACAUUAAGAACUUUUCAUACCGGCGGAGUAUUCACGGGGGGUACUGCAGAACAUGUGCGAGCCCCUUCGAAUGGAAAAAUCAAAUUCAAUGAAGAUUUGGUUCAUCCGACACGUACACGCCAUGGACAUCCCGCCUUUCUAUGUUAUAGAAACUUGUAUGUAACUAUUGAGAGUGAAGAUAUUCGACAUAAUGUAAAUAUUCCACCCCAAAGUUUUCUUUUAGUUCAAAACGAUCAAUAUGUAGAAUCAGAACAAGUAAUUGCGGAGAUUCGCACAGGAACAUCGACUUUUAAUUUUAAAGAGAAGGUUCGAAAACAUAUUUAUUCCGACUCAGACGGAGAACUGCACUGGAGUACCAACGUAUAUCAUGCACUCGAAUUGCCAUACGGCAACGUUCAUCUAUUACCAAAAACAAGUCAUUUAUGGAUAUUAUUAGGAGGUUCGUGCGGAUCUAGUCUAGUCUCACUUGCACUCCACAAGGAUCAAGAUCAAAUGAGUGCGGAUUUUCGUUCUCUCAAGAGAGGGUCCACAUCAAACUUCUCAGGAAGGAAUGAUCAGUCGAGACAAAAAUCCAAUUUUUCGGGUAGAGGUAAAAAAGAACAUAGGAUUCCUGAUUAUUCAGACAUUAGUCGAAUUCUAUGUACUGGUCGUUGGAAUCUCAUGGAUACCACCAUUCUCUACCAGAAUUCGGAUUUAUUCUCACAGAGACGAAGAAAUAGAUUCAUCAUCCCACUCCAGUCGAGUCAAGAACGUGAGAACGAACUAAUGUCCCCUUCAGGUAUCUCGAUUGAAACGCCCCCCAAUGGUAUUUUGCGUAGAAAAAGUAUUCUUGCUUAUUUCGACGAUCCUAGAUACAGAAGAAAGAGUUCGGGCAUUACUAAAUAUGGGACUCUAGAAAUGCAUUCAAUCCUCCAAAAAGAGGAUUUGAUUGAGUAUCAAGGAGACAAGGAAUUUUGGCCAAAAUACCAAAUGAAAGUAGAUCCGUUUUUUUUCAUUCCCGAGGAAGUGCAUAUCUUACCCGUAUCUUCUUUCAUAAGGGUACGGAACAAUAGUAUCAUUGGGGUAGAUACACAAAUUACUUUAAAUAUAAGAAGCCGUGUGGGCGGAUUGGUCCGAGUCGAGAGAAAAAAAAAAAAACUGGAACUGAAAAUCUUUUCUGGAGAUAUCCAUUUUCCUGGAGAGACAGAUAAGAUAUCCCGACAUAGCGGCGGCUUGAUACCACUAGGAACAGGAAAACAAAAUUACAAGGAAUCAAAAAAACGGAAAAAUUGGAUCUAUGUUCAACGGAUUACACUUAGCAAGAAAAAGUAUUUUGUUUUGAUUCGGCCUGUCGCCACAUAUGAAAUAAUGGACGGUAUAACUUUAGCAACUCUUUUUUACCCGGAUCUGGCGCAGGAAAGGGAUAGUGCCCAACUUCAAGUUGUCAAUUAUAUCCUUUCUGGAAACGGUAAACCAAUUCGAGGAAUUUCUGAUACAAAUAUUCAAUUAGUUCGGACUUGUUUAGUAUUGAAUUGGACCGAAGACAAAAAAAGUUCUUCUAGUCAAGAAGCCCGUGCUUCCCUUGUUGAAAUAAGGGCAAAUGGUUUGAUUCGACAUUUCCUAAGAAUCGACUUGGCAAAAUUCACUAUUUCAUAUAUCGGAAAAAGGAAUGAUCCAUCGGGCUCAGGGUUUCUCUCUGCUAAUGGAUCAGAUUUCACCAAUAUCAAUCCGUUUUCUUCUAUUUAUUCUUAUUCCAAGGCAAGAAUUCAACAACCCCUUAAUCAAAAUCAAAGAACUAUUCAUAUGUUAUUGAAUAGAAAUACGGGAUUACAGUCGUUAAUAAUUUUGUCAUCAUCCAAUUGUUUUCGAAUGGGUCCAUUCAAUGAUGUAAAAUAUCACAAUGUGAUACAAGAAUCAAUUCAAAUUACAAAAGAUCCUCGAAUUCCAAUUAAGAAUUCGAUGGGGCCUUUAGGAACAGCCUUUCUACUUACAAAUCUUUAUUCAUUUUACCAUUUAAUAACUCAUAAUCAGAUCUUGGUAAAUAACUAUUUGGAACUUGAGAAUUUAAAACAGACUUUUCAAGUAAUUAAGUAUUUUCUAAUGGAUGAAAAUGAGAAAAUUUCGAACCCCGAUUCACGCAGUAACAUUAUUUUCAAUUUGAGUUGGGAUUUUCUUCAUCUCAAUUAUUGUCAAGAAACAUCUACAAUAAUGAAUCUUGGGCAGCUUAUUUGUGAAAAUAUAUGUAUAGUCAAAAACGCAUCACACCUAAAAUCGGGUCAAAUUAUACUUGUUCAAGUUGACUCUGUAGUAAUACGAUCAGCUAAGCCUUAUUUGGCCACUACAGGAGCAACUGUUCAUGGUCAUUAUGGGGAACUAAUGUACCAAGGAGAUACUUUAAUUACAUUUAUAUAUGAAAAAUCGAGAUCUGGUGAUAUAACCCAGGGGCUUCCAAAAGUGGAGCAGGUGUUAGAGGUGCGUUCGAUUGAUUCAAUAUCAAUGAAUCUAGAAAAGAGGGUUGAAGGUUGGAACGAGCGUAUAACAAAAAUUCUUGGAAUGCCGUGGGCAUUCUUGAUUGGUGCUGAGCUAACUAUCGUGCAAGGUCGUAUCUCUUUGGUUAAUAAGAUCCAAAAGGUUUAUCGAUCUCAGGGGGUGCAGAUUCAUAAUAGGCAUAUCGAAAUUAUUGUACGUCAAAUAACAUCAAAGGUCUUGGUUUCAGAAGAUGGAAUGUCUAAUGUUUUUUCACCCGGAGAACUAAUUGGAUUGUUGCGGGCGGAACGAAUGGGGCGCGCGUUGGAAGAAGCAGUUUGUUACCGAGCCCUCUUAUUGGGAAUAACAAGAACAUCUCUCAAUACUCAAAGUUUUCUAUCUGAAGCGAGUUUUCAAGAAACGGCUCGAGUCUUAGCAAAAGCAGCUCUCCGGGGUCGAAUCGAUUGGUUGAAGGGCCUGAAAGAAAACGUUGUUUUGGGGGGUAUGGUACCUGUUGGUACCGGAUUGAAAAGAUUAGUGCCCCCUUCAAAAGAAUAUACCAAGAGCCCUUUGGAAAUAAAAAACAAUCUAUUCGAGGGGGAAAUGAGAGAUAUUUUGUUUCAUCACAGAAAAUUAUUGGAUUCUUUUCUUUCAAAGAACUUCCAUGAUAGAGCGGAACAAUCGUUUAUAGGAUUUAAUGAUUCUUAAAAGUGGAUUCCUCUUUUUGACUAUCUGGAUUUGGUGCAGUCAUUUGAUUUGGUAAUCAAAAUAGUAAGCAAUAGAAAAGACAAACGGCUUGGGCGUCUAUCUACGGCCAAUCUACGGUAGAAGAGAAGGUUCCGUCGGAACAAUUAUUUAUUUCAGUUCAAGGCUCCUCGUCGCUUUUUUUUGAAAUGAGGGGGGGUGUGGGGAGAAAUGACAAGAAGAUAUUGGAACAUUAACUUGGAAGAGAUGCUGGAGGCAGGAGUUCAUUUUGGCCAUGGUACUAGGAAAUGGAAUCCUAAAAUGGCACCUUAUAUCUCGGCAAAACGUAAAGGUAUUCAUAUUACAAAUCUUACUAGAACUGCUCGUUUUUUAUCUGAAGCCUGCGAUUUGGUUUUUGAUGCAGCAAGUAGAGGAAAACAAUUCUUGAUUGUUGGUACCAAAAAUAAGGCAGCUGAUUCAGUAGCACGGGCUGCAAUAAGGGCCCGGUGUCAUUGUGUUAAUAAAAAAUGGCUCGGCGGGAUGUUAACAAAUUGGUCGACUACAGAAACGAGACUUCAUAAGUUCAGGGACUUAAGAAUGGAACAAAAAAUGGGAAGACUCAACUAUUUGCCGAAAAGAGAUGCGGCUGUGGUGAAAAGACAAUUAUCUCGCUUGCAAACAUAUCUGGGCGGGAUUAAAUAUAUGGCGGGGUUACCCGAUAUUGUAAUUAUCGUUGAUCAGCAUGAAGAAUAUACGGCCCUGCGAGAGUGCCUCACUUUGGGAAUUCCAACAAUUUGUUUAAUCGAUACAAAUUGUGAUCCCGAUCUUGCAGAUAUUUCGAUUCCCGCGAAUGAUGACGCUAUAUCUUCAAUCCGCUUAAUUCUUAACAAAUUAGUAUUCGCAAUUUGUGAGGGCCGUUCUAGCUAUAUAAGAAAUCCUUAAUUAAUAAUAAGAUAAAUAACUUUUACUUCGAAAAUCGGAUAGAAUCGGUUAUUUUUUAUUUAUUUUGAAAAAUGUAUCAAAAUAACUGGAGAUAUUAUGUGAUUAGUUAGUAUUGAAAAUAUUAGUUGAUACUCAAAAGAUCCGAUUCAAGUAGACAAAGAGAUGGUUGAAUCAAAAUAAUUUUGUUUAAAGUUCCAUUUUUUUCCAGAGGACAAUAUGAAUGUGCUAUCAUGUUCCAUCAAUACACUAUACGAUAUAUCCGGUGUGGAAGUAGGCCAACAUUUUUAUUGGCAAAUAGGGGGUUUCCAAGUCCAUGGACAAGUACUUAUUACUUCUUGGGUUGUAAUUGCUAUCUUAUUAGGUUCAGCUACUAUAGCUGUUCGGAACCCACAAAUCAUUCCGACUGGGAGUCAGAAUUUUUUCGAAUAUGUUCUUGAAUUCAUUCGAGAUGUGAGUAAAACUCAAAUUGGAGAAGAAUACGGCGCUUGGGUUCCUUUUAUUGGAACUCUCUUUCUAUUUAUUUUUGUUUCCAAUUGGUCAGGAGCUCUUUUACCUUGGAAAAUCAUAGACUUACCUCAUGGAGAGUUAGCCGCACCCACGAAUGAUAUAAAUACUACUGUUGCUUUGGCUUUACUCACGUCAGUGGCGUAUUUCUAUGCGGGUCUUACCAAAAAGGGAUUAAGUUAUUUCGGGAAAUAUAUUCAACCAACCCCAAUCCUUUUACCCAUUAACAUUCUAGAAGAUUUCACAAAGCCCUUGUCACUUAGUUUUCGACUUUUCGGGAAUAUCUUAGCGGAUGAAUUAGUAGUUGUUGUUCUUGUUUCUUUAGUACCUUCAGUGGUUCCUAUCCCUGUUAUGUUCCUUGGAUUAUUUACAAGUGGUAUUCAAGCUCUUAUUUUUGCAACUUUAGCUGCGGCUUAUAUAGGUGAAUCCAUGGAGGGUCACCAUUGAAAUAGUCUUUUUUCCCUUAGCGCAAAGCAGUAGUUCACGAUGAUUUCCUUAAGGAAUAUAAAUAUAGAAGACUUUCUAUAUGAUAGAAAAAAAUGGGAACAAAAAAAUAAAAGAUUACGAUAUUAGAGAGUUGUAAAAACAAAAAAGGAAAGAGAUCCAAAAGAUCUUUUUCCUAAACCUAAUUUUUCUUUCGUCCGCUUAAUAUCCUACCUUUCCGUAACGAAGAUUUACUUUUAUAUUAGUCAGUCAAUCUUCUUAUUCAAAUCAGAAUUUGAAUAAGAUAUGAUAUAGAUAUAACGUUUGAUUAAAUAAAAAAAGAGGGGAAAGGAGAAAAGAAUUUCUAAAAAUCGGAUUUCUAAAAAAAUGGAUUGAUUCUCGAAUCCGAUUGAAUCCAAUGGUUUACGUUAUGGAAGAAAGACAUGUAUAUGUGAUAUUAGAUAUUGGCUGGUUCUCUAUGAACUAAAGAUAUAUUUUAGUUGCCCUACUGUUGUGUGCGAGUUUCAAUAGAAGUCUUUCCGUAUUCUUAUGGCUGUGAAUUGGAUGAAUAAAGAGAUGAAAUCAAGAAAAGAUGUAAGACUGGAAAUAACAGUUCGGAACCAAGAAAUGGAAGAACGAAAGUUCUAUGGAUUCAAAAAAAUUCUGUGUAUAGAAACAGAUAUCGGAGUCCUGAAUAUAUGAUAUUCUUACUUAAACUCGAAGUUCUUAGUUCCUUUGACAGGAUGAAUCCUAUUGAUGGAAUAAUUAAGUCAUAAUUCAUUGGUUGAGUGUAUCAUUAACCAUUUAUUUUUGUUGGUAUGAGGAACUUAUCAUGAAUCCACUGAUUUCUGCUGCUUCCGUUAUUGCUGCUGGAUUGGCCGUAGGGCUUGCUUCUAUUGGACCUGGAGUUGGUCAAGGGACUGCUGCGGGUCAAGCCGUAGAGGGUAUCGCAAGACAGCCCGAGGCAGAGGGGAAAAUACGCGGUACUCUAUUGCUUAGUCUAGCUUUUAUGGAAGCUUUAACUAUUUAUGGGUUGGUUGUAGCAUUAGCACUUUUAUUUGCGAAUCCUUUUGUUUAAAUCAAAAAAUAUGUAUUUUUCGGAUUUUAGGGCCUUGGAUUUCUUGUUUGCUUUUUCAAAUUGGAUCAAGAUAUCAUUCCUACAAUUCCUUAUUCGUUUAGAAAAUAACCUAUGGGAGGGGCUGAUUUGCAGAUGAGUAAUUAGAAUACCCUCUUGCUUUCAUCCUUCGCCUUCGUGGAAACUCUUUUUAUGAGGUCUUAAGGGGUAGUUCCUAUUUUCGAACUCGAAUACUUUUUCUUUUUGACUUGACUUCAAAAAAAAACAAAGAAUAAAUAAAAAGAGGGGUAAAGUGAUAGAAAGAGAAUUCUGGUCGAUAGUCUAUCUAUUAAGAGGAGAUUAUAUGAAAAAUGGAACUGAUUCUUUCGUUUCUUUGGGCCACUGGCCGUUUUCCGCGAGUUUCGGAUUUAAUACCGAUAUUUUAGCAACAAAUCUAAUAAAUCUAAG